CGGAUGACCCAAAAACGAAAGAUGCCGAGUCCCUCUCACUCAUCCAAUGGUCACUCCUCUGCCGAAACCUCCCCCUGCCCAAUGAAAAAGAAGAAGAAACCAGGUGCUGUUAGUGGCAGCAAAGACCAGCACAGUCUCAAGAGCACGGAGGAGAUACCAGGAGACGGGCUGUUACACCAGGAGAGCUGGACAGAGCUGUAGAAGGGCGUCAUCCCAGCAGCAGGACCGGUAUCUGCUCCUUUGUGCAAGGAGUAACAGGAGGAGCACUGCCAGAACCCCACAGAAUGACCUCCAGCGGGCUACUGGUGUGCAUGUUUCUGACCAAACUGUUAGAAACAGACUCCAUGAGGGUGGCAUGAGGGCCCGACGUCCUUUAGUUGGAUCUGUGCUCACAGUCCAGCACCGCGCAGCUCAAUAGGAUUCGCCAGAGAACACCAGAAUAGGCAGGUCCACCAUUGGCACCCCGUUCUCUUCACAGAUGAGAGCAGGUUCACACUGGGAACAUGUGAUAGACAUGAAAGAGUCUGGAGACGCUGUGGUGAACAUGGCUGCCUUCACCAUCAUCCAGCAGACCAGGAGGCAUAUCCUUGGAUAUGGAUAACCUCCACAUGCUAGUCAAUGGUAAACUGACUGCUGUUAGGUACCUGGAUGAAAUCCUCUGAGCCACAGUUAGCCCUGACGCUGGUGCAGUGGAUCCUGGGUUCCUCCUGGUGCAGGACAGUGCUCAGCCUCAUCUGGCCAGAGUGUGUAGGCAGUUCCUGAUGACGAAGGCAUUGAUGCAAUUGACUGGCCCUCAUGUUCCCUAGACCUGAAUCCAAUUUAGAACCUCUGGGACGUUAUGAAUCGGUGCAUCCGACGCUGCCAAGUAGUGCCACAGACUGUCCAGGAGCUCACUAAUGCCCUGAUCCUGGUCUAGGAGGAGAUCCCCAGGACACCAUCCGCCAUGUCAUCAGGAGCAUGUGUGGGCCAAACACACUACUGAGUCAGAUUUCUGAAUCCAGCCUUUAGUCGUCAGAACUAAGACAUGGUCCCUUUUACUAUGUGAAGCAGCCAGCACUCACCACAGACCCUGUUGAUGUUGUACCGCAGGACGGCAGGAAUGACUUCUACUGCUGGCUGUGCCACCGCGAGGGCCAGGUGCUCUGCUGUGAGCUCUGCCCCAGGGUGUACCACGCCAAGUGCCUCAAACUACCAGCCGAGCCCGAGGGCGACUGGUUCUGUCCGGAGUGUGAGAAAAUAACAGUUGCUGAGUGUAUAGAGACUCAGAGCAAAGCCAUGAUGAUGCUAACUAUAGACCAGCUGUCUUACCUACUGAAGUUUGCUCUUCAGAAGAUGAAACAGCCAGGUGAUCAUCCCCGCUUGUCAUCUCGCACCCCCCAUGCAGCUUCCACGCAGAGAAAGACUUUUAAUUGGACGGAACCCUUCCAGAAACCUGUUUCUCUUGAACAGCAUCCAGAUUAUGCAGAGUACAUUUUUCACCCUAUGGAUCUUUGCACACUUGAGAAGAAUAUUAAAAAGAAAAUGUAUGGCUGCACAGAGGCCUUCUUGGCAGAUGCAAAAUGGAUUUUGCACAACUGUAUUAUAUACAAUGGAGGCAAUCACAAACUCACGGCGACUGCUAAAGUGAUUGUAAAAAUCUGUGAACAUGAGAUGAACGAGAUUGAAGUUUGUCCUGAGUGCUAUCUGUCUGCUUGCCAAAAGAGAGACAACUGGUUUUGUGAGCCUUGUAGUAACCCACACCCUCUAGUGUGGGCCAAACUGAAAGGAUUUCCAUUCUGGCCUGCUAAAGCUCUGCGGGACAAAGAUGGACAGGUGGAUGCUCGCUUUUUUGGUCAGCAUGACAGGGCUUGGGUUCCUUUAAACAAUUGCUACCUCAUGUCCAAAGAGAUUCCAUUCUCCGUGAAGAAGACCAAAAGCAUCUUCAACAGUGCCAUGCAAGAGAUGGAGGUCUACGUGGAAAACAUGAGGAAGAAGUUUGGAGUCUUUAACUAUGCCCCCUUCAGGACACCCUACACUCCUGACAACAACUUCCAGAUGCUGCUGGAUCCCUCCAACCCCUCGUCCACCCCGAUCAAACCUGAGAAACAGGAGAAGAUCAAGCUGAGCUUUGAUAUGACGGCAUCACCGAAGAUCCCUUUGGCCAGGACCAUGCUGAUUGGGGCUGGGGUGGGAGGAGGCACAGCAGGCCGGCGACUCCCCCUAAGUGAAAUGCCUCGCUCCCCCAUGAGCACCAACUCCUCUGCCCAUACAGGUUCGGACGGGGAACAAGAGACAGCGGACAAGUCCCAGGCAAAAGCACCAAACAGCCAGUACAGUACGGGAGAAGAGUCCAUGGACUGCACAGCAUCACCUGCCCAUCCUCGACCUGGUCCUGCAGGGAGUUCCUUGGACAGCCCUAAACCAUUCCACUCUCAAGCUCCUGGCAACCCCAAGCAGGAAAAGCCACAACCUACAGGAAGCAUUCUGAACCUCAAUCUAGAUCGGAGUAAAGCAGAAAUGGACCUGAAGGAGCUUAGCGAAACAGUUCAGCAGAAACAAGGAGCCACACCAGUCCUCACCUCUCCAAAAAGACAGAUCAAGAGCCGUUUCCAGCUGAACUUGGACAAAACCAUUGAGAGUUGUAAGGCACAGCUUGGCAUAGAUGAGAUCUCUGUUGAUGUGUAUAAAGGUGUAGAACACAGUGACUCAGAAGACUCUGAUAAAUCUGACUCCAGUGACAGCGAGUAUGCAAGUGAUGAGGAGCAAAAGACCAAGGAUGGUCAGGACGCAGCACCCAAUGAUGAGGCCCAGAAGGAGCUUACCAAAAGUAAAGUCAAAGACCAACCUUCCCCGAGCCAAGAUAAAGAGGGUAAAGCGGAUACGCACUUGGUUUCCGAGUCUGCAGCAGGCGACACCACUGCAACAGUGUCAGAUGCUCCAACUAAAGAGAAAAUAAACAAAGAUUUAGAAAAAGAGAGCUCAGAGACAACCAAAGCACCUUCAGCAUCACCUGGUCCCAGAGAGAAGGCUCAGGUGAAAGAAGAAGCAAAGCAGCCUGUGCCAGUGGAGGACUCUGACUCAGAGAGAGAGCUGGUUAUUGACCUCGGAGAGGAACAGGGAGGCAAGGACAGGAGGAGGAGCAGGAAAGACAACACCACUGUUAAAGAGUCAUCUGCUGGUAAACCUGAAGGCAAAGCCCUGACCCUCUCGACGCUCCAAUCUCAAAACAGUACAGCUCCUUCCACACCCUCCAGUGUUUCCACGCAGUCCCCCAUGGCCAUUCCUGUCACCAUGGUGUCCUUCACUACUCCCUCUCCCGCAACCAUAAGCCUUACAACCGUGCCCAGUGCCACUGCAACACCCCCCUCUUCCUCCUCCUCAGCUUCCACCACACCAGCUUUGAAGAAACAGCGCCCUCUGCUGCCCAGAGAGACAGUGCCAGUGGUGCAGAGAGCAGUGGUGUGGAAUCCCACUGCCAAAUUUCAGACCUCGUCUCAGAAGUGGCACAUGCAGAAGGUGCAGCGUCAGCAACAGAACCAGCAGCCUGUGGCAACCACGCAGACGCAGGCGUCGUCUCCCAGGCAAGGCCAGGCUCAAGCGCUGACCCAGACACAGGCCACUGGGAAUGGCUCAACGGUGGUAUCCUCAUCUUCAGCACAGCAGUCUUCACAAAGCACACGCUAUCAGACCAGACAGGCUGUUAAAGCUGUCCAACAAAAAGACACUCCACUCAGCACAUCCACGUCAGCUGUGACCCUGGUAUCUAGUAGUCCAGCUUCUGUUGCCAUGAUGGCAGCAUCAAGUUUAGGCACUACAUCUUCUCCAGUGGCAGCGGACCUGUAUAUUCCCACUGCCUCAGCGGAUGUGGCUGCAGACAUUGCCAAGUACACAAAUAAAAUAAUGGAUGCAAUCAAAGGUACAAUGACUGAAAUCUACAAUGAUCUUUCUAAGAGUACUUCAGGGAAUACAAUAGCAGAGAUAAGACGACUGAGAAUUGAAAUAGAAAAAUUACAGUGGCUGCAUCAACAAGAGUUGUCAGAGAUGAAGCAUAAUCUUGAGCUGACAAUGGCAGAGAUGAGGCAAAGUCUGGAACAGGAGAGAGAAAGGUUGGUGACUGAGGUGAAGAAACAGAUGGAGCUGGAGAAGCAGCAAGCAGUUGAUGAAACAAAGAAGAAACAGUGGUGUGCUAACUGCCGGAAAGAGGCCAUCUUCUACUGCUGCUGGAACACCAGUUACUGUGAUUAUCCCUGUCAGCAAGCCCACUGGCCAGAACACAUGAAGUCCUGCACUCAGUCAGCCACAGCUCCACAGCAAGAACCUGAGGCUGAGUCGACAGCGGACCUCCCAAACAAAGCUUUAGGGCAGACUAGCAGUGGCCCAAAUUCUCUCAGAGACACGCCGGCCUCUGCACCAUCAGAUAAAGACUGUGACAUGGAGAAGAGCACUGAGGUUGCUGUCACUUUGUCCUAACUGAACUUGCCAUACUUGAAAAUGUAAAUGUAUAGAUUGUUGUUGGUUUUUUUUCACAACAAGAAUAUGUCUAUGUAAAUUGUGCUGUACAAGCAGCUGCUAUUGGGAGCUAUCUAAAUUCAUUUUAUUUAUAUAUUUUUGUUUGCCUUUCAGGGCUCACAUACUGCCCACAGUGCACAGGGGUCUUAGAAAUAUUUUAAAUGUGGAAACAAGACUGACAGCUGAUAGUUAGUAACCACUACAGGGGGACGUUUAAGAAAUGUAUCCUACAUAUUCAUGCACUCCUUUGCAGUCUAUAGAGAACUGUCAGUAUGAAGAUCUUAAGAGCAUGCAUGAGUGUCACAAAACAUACGCAUAGUUUAAAGGACAACAGUUAAACAGUUUAAGACUGCAAAAAUAUAACCCAUGUUAAUGGACCACCCCAGCUUUAGAUUAGAGGACUGUAGACAGAAAUGUCUGUAAAUUAUUAUUUUUUAUUUUAUGUUAAUUUAUUUGUUAUUCUAAUGUUGCCUGCUGUAUACUGCAAAGAAAAUAACAAAUACAAACAUUUUAAACAA